GGUACAGGAAACCCCCACAGCGUGGUGAUUGAUGGCAGCUAGCUUGCACCGCUCCCGUCUCCUGUGUCGACAGCAGGUCCUCCUCUAGCCUCUUUAAACUGCUUUCACCGCCACACUAACGACAUUUUGGGGGUUCGGUCUCAAGCUCUUCGUGCUCACACCCCGCAUAUCUCCCCGUGAGUUUCGGAGGAUAUUUCUUUUCUAACGUAGCGUUUGGAAUCGAAACCAAACACAGACGGAGCUGUGUUUUAGCCUACUUCAGUGGGCGGAUAAAGCGGAGGAGGGCAAUCCGGGCCUGGCUGCUCCGGAGAGUUGGCUUGAAACCAGGCAAUUCACCAUUUUCAGGCCGUGCACUGCCCUGCUAUGGAGAAGAUGAAGAGGAUUAAGAAGCGCCUGUCGUUAACACUCCGCUCCAGUCAGACCAUCGACGAGUCGCUGUCUGAACUGGCCGAGCAGAUGACCAUCGAGGACGGCGGCACCAAGGACAAUGAGCCCUUCAUGAGGAACGGCCGCCCCCCCACCUCCCACAGUAUGCACUCCUUCCUGCACCAGUACACCGGUUCCUUCAAGAAGCCUCCGCUCCGCCGGCCCCACAGCGUCAUCGGCGGCACCCUGGGGUCCUUCAUGGCAAUGCCACGCAGUGGUAGUCGUCUGGACAUUGUGCACGAGAACCUGAAGAUGGGCUCAGAUGGGGAAAGCGACCAGGCCUCGGGAACGUCUUCAGACGAGGUGCAGUCUCCGACUGGCGUCUGUCUGAGGAACCGCAUGCACCGGCGGAUCUCCAUGGAGGAUCUCAACAAGCGCCUGUCGCUGCCCGCUGACAUCCGGAUCCCCGAUGGUUACUUAGAGAAGCUGCAGCUCAGCAGCCCGCCCUUUGACCAGCCGCUCAGCCGACGCUCCCGCAGAGCCUCGUUGUCAGAGAUUGGUUUUGGCAAGUUGGAGACAUACAUUAAGCUGGACAAACUGGGAGAGGGAACCUACGCCACAGUAUUUAAAGGACGCAGUAAGCUGACUGACAACCUGGUGGCGCUGAAGGAGAUCCGGCUGGAGCACGAGGAGGGAGCACCAUGCACCGCCAUCAGAGAAGUGUCGUUACUGAAGGACCUCAAACACGCUAACAUCGUGACGCUUCAUGACAUCGUCCACACCGACAAGAGCCUCACGCUUGUCUUCGAGUACCUGGAUAAGGACCUGAAGCAGUACAUGGAUGACUGUGGUAACAUAAUGAGCAUGCAUAAUGUGAAGGUCUUCCUGUUCCAGAUUUUGCGAGGGCUGUCGUAUUGUCAUAAGAGGAAAGUUCUCCACAGGGACCUGAAGCCCCAAAACCUCCUUAUAAAUGAGAACGGAGAACUUAAACUGGCUGAUUUUGGUCUGGCGAGGGCCAAAUCUGUCCCGACUAAAACCUACUCCAACGAGGUGGUGACUCUUUGGUACCGGCCCCCCGAUGUCCUACUGGGAUCCUCUGAGUAUUCAACACAGAUCGACAUGUGGGGUGUUGGUUGUAUAUUCUAUGAGAUGGCUGCAGGUCGGCCACUGUUCCCCGGCUCCACCGUGGAGGACGAGCUCCACCUCAUCUUCAGGUUACUGGGUACACCCACGGAGGAGAAGUGGCCGGGAAUCUCCUCCAUCGAAGAAUUUAAAUCCUACAACUUCCCCAAAUACAAACCACAGCCGUUAAUCAACCACGCUCCCAGGCUGGACAGUGAAGGCAUCGAGCUGCUGCUGGCUUUCCUCAGAUACGAAUCUAAGAAGAGGAAUUCAGCUGAAGAGGCUAUGAAACAUUCCUACUUCAGGCAGCUUGGGAUAAGAGUUCAGACGCUGCCCGAGAGUGCAUCAAUAUUCACAUUAAAAGAAGUGCAGCUGCAGAGGGACCCUGGCUACCGGAACUCCUCCUACCCAGAGUCAGGUAACGGCAAGAUCAACAGGAGGCAGAGCAUGCUCUUUUAAUGAAGAGGAUGAAGAGAAAUGGUCUACUGCCCAGCUUCAUCAUCACUUCCCACAAACCUCUCGCAUGAGCCCACCUCCCCCUUACCUGCGCACACACACACAUAAACAUGCACACACACCUAUCUGAGCGAGUGACUCUGGGUUGAAUCUUUUUGGAGACAGAGUAUUUGGAGUGUUUAUUUAUUUGGGGGUUAUUUGGGGUUGAAUCUUUUGCUGCUAAACUACUACUGUCUGUAUUUAACACACCGUGUGUGUGUGUGCGCGUGCAUGUGUGUGCGUGUGUGUACAUGAUGUGAACUCGAGACGCCACGCACAGUUGAGCAGUCAGAAAGAUUACUAUUGUUUUUUCUUCUGACUACGAUUCUCCGGCUUCGUUUGAGUUAUAAUUCCACUGAUGUUGAUGUCAACGCUGUGAUCCAAGUUGUUGUUUUUGUUGUCGUGCUUGGAGACUGAACGCUUCAGUUUCUUCAGAUUUUUUUUUUUUUAUAAAUAUGUAUAUCUAUAUAUAUAUAUAUUUGUAUUUAUGUUUUUUUUUUUUUUUUCUUCUUCGAGCUUCCGUGACUGAACUCUACAACAUUUCCAGGUUUGGAAAGACUGGGACGGGGGACGGGGGAGGGGGGGUGAUUGGAAGAUUGUGGUAACAGUUUUAAGCUGAGGGUUAAACGAAGCACACAUAGAGCCCAAUCAAACUGCAAGAACACGAAAUCAACUUUUGGUUCUUUUUGACCAUUCUGUCUCGGCAAUGGGACCAAAACUGAGGAGUAAGGGGAGGCAAACAGAAAGGCACCGAAAAGCACAGUUGAAAGAGGAGAAAUACUGGACUGAACAGGAAGUUAUGUGAUGUCCCACAGGAAGCCAGCAAGCCUUCCCUAAAACCCCUCACUAAACUGCCAGGACUUCAGUGCUUUAAAAAAAAAAAAAAAAAAAAAAUGCAAGCUACACUUUCUCGCUCUGUGUGCAUUGAGAUCUCACUGCAGUAAGUCUUUGUUUUUAACUUGCAUUUCAGUGUGUUUUUUGGGAAUCAGGGACCCGUGCCUCGACAAGGCCGAGUUUACCCAACAGUAUUAAGAUGUGUUCUCUGUGUCUGUGACCUUUGACCUCUCCUUGUGAAACAACAGUGUCAUUGUGGCAUGUUUUUGCAGACGGGGCAGGGUGGGACAGCAGGGAUCAGGGUGGGGUGAUCAAAAAGCAAAAUGGUUGUUUUUCACUUGGCGUCGGACCACUUCUCUCUCCAGCAUUUGUACACAAGGUAAAAAAAAAAAACACACAAAAAAAAGAUUUCAAAUUGAAAUUUAGAUUUAACUGCCCGCUGUGUUGUUUGCCACUGACAGUGAUGCUACAGAUAAAGCCGGUUGAGAAGUCUCACUUUUAACUGCAUGUUUACUAAAGCGAAUGGAAGAUCUCCAGAAAAUUACUGCAAACAUUUGUAAAGUCAGCUGGUGUGCUUUGUAUUCCUGGUUUAAUUUAGUUGCAGUGAGUAUUCGUCUUAUUCCUGUGGACCAACAGAGAUAUGUUCUACAUAUUUCCAACAGCUAUGUGAAAACAAAAAAAGUGCUUUAAAGAAAUAGUUUGACUUUUUAGUUUUUGCCAUUUUGCUACAAAUUUGAAGGUCAUACCGGGAGAAGUCCUUCAUGGAAGAGGCAGAGAGAGAGAUUGCUACACUCACAGUAGCAAAAAAUAGAGUGCAGUUCUUAAGCUUCUGCACGGAAUAACACCAGGAAUGUAUUGCGCAUCAAAGGUUGAACAUAUAAGAGUGUGAGACAAGAUAUGAGGGAGAUGUUCCAGUUACUGCAGCGCUUAUGCUCAACAUCUACAUGAAGAUUUUACAUUUAUUGUCUGUUGAGAUUUAAAGGAUUUGAGCAGCACUUGAGUUACUGAUUGGGGUAGAACGUGCUGGAAGCACUACCAACGCUUGUUAAACACAUUAAUAGCUGAGAGCAUCAAUGGAAUGAACAUGAACUUGAGCACAGUUUGCCGUUAAUAAUGUAAUAAUCCUCUUAACAUACUCAUUUCAGUAGUUUAAACCUUUGGCAGAAUAUAUCUUUCUCUUUCAAGGUGGAUUAAAUUCUAAACCAAAGCUCUUCAUGAACUGUCACAA